CGCUGAGCUCCGGGCGCGGGGACCGGGCCGCAGGGGAGGCCCGGGCCGCAUUGUGCGGUCACAGCCCGUCGGUCCGUCGGUCCGGUCACCGGGCAACGCCAGGCCGCGGGCAACCUUCCGCCUCUCUCCCCGGAAGGAUGCAGAGCGCGCUCGCGGGCUCCUGGCACAACAAUGGCUUCUAUGGGCACUACCGAGGCCAGUUCAACAAUGAGAGCGCCCUCGAGUACCGCCUGGCGGCCAAGCCCCAGCCCCCGACAAUCUUCCUGCAGCGAUGCAAGGAGCCAGCGCGGCAGCACUUCUUCUCCAAGCACGACAACCGCACUUCCUUCGACAAGGGUCCCUACUGCCUACUGCAGGGCAUCGGGAGACGGAAAAACAUGGAGCGCCUGUGUCAGCGGCACACCUUCCUGCACUGGGCCUCCAGCGAGCUGGAGCUCUACCAGCAGCGGCCCCUGGAAUCCUCCUACCAGUCCACCUUCCGGUUAUCCCCGGGACCCAGUGACGCCCCUCAGCGCCUCGUCCACUUUGUGCAGGUCCACCACCCCCGCACCUGUACCACCUACCAGCAGAACUUCUGCCAGCCGUCCCAGAGCGGCCACUGUGGCGGUGACUGCGGGGGCCCCCCGGCCUCCGGCCCCAGUACCCCGACUAACCUCCCAAAGAUUCCCGGGUCCAAGCCGCUGCAGCAUUACCUGCAUGAGGGGGUCUCCGAGUGUCUAAACUGGUCCAGAGCAUUAAACAAGGAUGGCUGUUGCCCUGGCCAGUUGGCUCAGUGGAUAGAGCGUCAGCCUGCAGACUGAAGGGUCGUGGGUUCGAUUCCAGUCAACAGCACGUACCUCAAGGGCAUGUACCUCAGUUACAGGCUUGAUCCCCGGCCCCAGUCGGGGUGCAUGUGGGA